UGUAGGACGCCAUGUGCUUUUGAGGGGAGAAGGACCGACAGCUUGAGGCAGAGGUUUUGGAGUUAUCCGGGUGUUUGCCGGACGAAAUUACCUAAACGGGUAGAUUUUGGGAAUCGCUAACAUGUACUGCACCAGGCAUUGUAUUCGGGCGGCUCUGCGGGUUGCGGCAAAGGCACAUCGAAAACAACAUGACUUCAAAAUACCAGCACUAUGCAGUCUCAGAAUGCUCAAGACCAGUCCAACCAGUGCAUCUGAUGCUAUUGCCACUCCCCCUCUGGAUGGAGGACCCAAACAGUACUCUCCUAAAAUCCAACAGCUUGUCAAUGACAUUGCCAGUCUCACCCUCCUAGAAGUGUCUGACCUCAAUGAAUUACUCAAGAAAACUCUAAACAUUCAGGAUGUUGGAAUGAUGCCUAUGGGUGCUAUGGCUGCUGCACCGGCUGUACCUGCAGCUCAGGCUGUAGAAGAGGAAGCAGCCCCAGCAAAGAAAGAAAAAACCCAUUUCACAGUUAAACUUACAGAGCUGAAUGCAACAGAGAAGGUCAAAUUGAUCAAAGAAGUAAAGAACUGCAUGCAGGGCUUGAACCUUGUACAGGCCAAGAAGCUUGUGGAGUCACUGCCUCAGGAGAUCAAGGCCAAUGUGUCCAAAGAGGAAGCGGAGAAAAUUAAGGCAGCACUUGAAGCAGCAGGGGGCACUGUGGUGCUGGAAUAGACACGCACACUACUUCCCUCCGUCCUGUUUUAAGAGUGAUUAUUAUCUCUGUCUGUCUUUAAAAAAUUCUUUUUUUUUGUACAAGAGAUAGAUGAAGGGAGUCUGGAAAACAAAAGAAACAAAUGCCUUCAGCGUUGCCAUUUUGUUUACCAGUGAUAUCCUGGGUGGCAAAAACUCACAGACUGAACUCACAGACUGAGCCUUGAGAAUCCUCACCACCCAGUCAAAUGCUUGUCCUUUUGUCUGUCUGAUACUUUCAGCCUUUGGGCUAUGGGUGUGCAGGUAGAGCAGACAGUUUGUGCCUGUCGCUUUGUCUGCCCAAAACUGAGACAUACCCUAAGCAUAGGGAUGUUACUAUGGAUGCCUGUGGUAUAAUAAACACCUUACAUAGUACUGUAAUGAACUAUGUGUCAUGAUAUGACUUGAUGAUAAUAAAUCGGUUGAUUCAUUUCA